AUGGUAAAAAUACAUUCGUUAUUAUUUCAGAUUUCUCUCUUACCUCUAUUUACAAAUGCCCUUAAAAUAGAUCUAGAUGAUUUUUCUUCCUUACAAAACGCAACUUCCUUGAUUGCAUAUGGUAUGAUGGACUAUUAUAAUGGACAUGAUUAUGGCCAGGUUAUUGGUAUGUUUGCUAAACCAUACUAUUGGUGGGAAGCUGGUGGUGCUUGGGGCUGUCUGCUCGAUUAUUGGUAUUAUAUGCAAAACGAUACUUACAAUGAUUUAAUUACUGAGGCUCUACUAUAUCAAACUGGUGACCGUAAUGACUAUGUUCCACUAAAUCAGUCAACAACUGAAGGUAAUGAUGAUCAGGCCUUUUGGGGUAUUGCUGCCAUUACAGCAGCUGAAAGAAAUUUCACAAAUCCACCACCAGAUAAACCACAGUGGCUAUAUUUAGCACAAGCUGUCUUUAACACCAUGGCAUUACGCUGGGAUGAUUCCACUUGCAAUGGUGGUUUAAGAUGGCAAAUUUUUGUCUGGAACUCUGGUUAUUCAUACAAGAACUCUGUUUCUAAUGGUGCACUUUUCCAUAUUGCUGCAAGAUUAGCAAGGUAUACGGGUAAUCAAAGUUACGUCGAAUGGGCAGAUAAGAUUUAUGAUUGGAUGUUUGGUACUGGUAUAAUAUCAGAUGAGUAUGAAACAUAUAAAUUUGUUUAUGAUGGCGCUAAUAUUGAAACUAACUGUACCGAUAUAACGCGUUAUCAAUGGACAUAUAAUCAGGGUCUUGUAUUAGCUGGUUGUGCUUAUCUAUAUAAUCAUACUCAAGAUGAGAAAUGGUUAAUAAGAACAGAACAAUUUUUAAAUGGAUCCGUUGUUUUCUUCAGGGAUAAUGUAAUUUAUGAAGCUGCAUGUCAACCAAAUAAAAACUGUAAUAACGAUCAACGUUCAUUUAAGGCUUACUUUGCACGUUUCUUAGGUGUUACAGCUCAAUUAAUACCUAGCACAAGGGACACUAUCAUGAGAUGGAUCAACACCUCAGCAUAUGCUGCUGCUCAAGCUUGUUCAGGUGGUACUGACGGUCACACUUGUGGUAUGGACUGGGUUUGGAAGGGCUGGGAUGGUUAUUAUGGUUUAGGUGAGCAAAUGGCCGCUCUAGAAUUUAUGGUUAAUACUAGAGCUCUUGAUAUGCCUCCACCUUACACAAGCUUUAAUGGUGGAUCCUCUACAGGUAGUGGUGCCGCAGGUACUGAAAGGGAUCCAACCAAUUUAUCUCCUCUACAUAUAACUGCUGGCUCAAAAGCUGGGGCAAGUAUCAUUACUUGUAUUGUCAGUAUCUCUAUUCUCACAGGUGCAAUGUGGCUUGUUGCUUAA